AUGCGCAUUCUAAAACCUGUCAUGCUCUCAAAAUCAGCAUAUAGAAGAAUUAUAAACGGAUCAAUCACUCCAUGCCUGGAAGGUGAGUGGAAGGACGCGAGGAACAUUAUGCUGGUAGAGACUUCUUGUAAGUCCCGACCAACCUACCGUGCCUGGUGUGCUGUUGAGAGCAUGGCGCAGCAGAAUCCAGAAGCGAAGGUGUGGUACGUGAUGACUGCACCAGCAGUGGAGGCGAGGGAUGGCCUGCCUCCUCGUCUGCUACAACAGUACACCAACCUGCGGGUGGUCACCACCGACUUGUGGAGGAUCUUUAACAACACCCCUCUCAUGCCUCUUUACACCUCCGGGGCCUGGAACAUCAACACCAAAUGGCCGGCGGUCAACCUAAGUAAUAUGGUGAGAUUGGCUUUGGUGUGGAGGGUCGGGGGCUUCUACAGCGACACCGACGUUGUGUGCAUCUCCUCUCUGGCCACCCUCAGGAACGUGGUGGGCUUCCAGUUAAAGAACGAGAUCAACAAUGCAGUGUUCCACUUCGACCGUCACCAUGAUCUCAUGAAACUCAUGAUGACUCACUUCAUUCAAGGUUUUGAAGCCAAUGACUGGGGUAAUAACGGCCCUGUGCUGUUAACAAGAACACUUAAAGAGGCGUGUGAAAGGCCAAAGCUGGCCCCAGGAGAUCAGUGUCAUGGUGUGCAUCUCCUCUCCUGGAAAGCCUUUUACCCAGUGCCGUACGAGAAGUGGCGAUUUCCAUUCCUUCCCAGAAAGGGAACAAUCAAUUUUACAGAGGUUUUCCCAGAUUCUUACGUAAUUCACAUGUGGAAUAAGAUGAGUCACCUCCAGCCAAUCUUCAAGGAUUCAGGGAGCAUCUACGAUGUCGCAGCCAAAACCUUCUGUCCAGUCACCAGAGCCGUCGCUACUGCACACUCCAGUCUGUACUGA